AUGUCAGGGGUUGAUAGAUCAGGAAGCUUUUUUGCUCGCAACAAGGUCGCUAUUAGCGUUGCUGCGGUAGCCGGUAUCUCUGCAGGUGCCUACCUUUACUACAAUGCCGUACAAAACCAACAGGCAGGUGGAUCAGACGGCAGUUCUAAUGGCAACAGCUCUUCUGCAGCCAGCGGAUCGACCAAUGAGUCUUCAAAGAAGAAGAAGUCCAAGAAGAAGAAGAACGGAAGCGCUGGAACUGAAGGAGAAGUCUCUGCCAAGAGUAGCAGUGCUGCUAAGUUAUAUCCUGUAGCCAACGGUGUUCCAGCAAUCACCGAAGAAGACAUUGCCAAACUUUCUGAAAAGGAAAAGGAUGAAUGGGCUGCCGCUUUGAAGGAAGAUGGUAAUCAGAAGUUCAAGGCCAACGAAUACAAGGAAGCCAUUGAAUACUACAGUGCAGCUUUGCAAUUGAAGAUUGAUCCAGUUUUCUUCUCCAAUAGAUCUGCAUGUUACGCUGCUUUAAACGACCAUGAAAAUGUUAUUAAGGAUACCACUGAAGCUAUCAAGUUGAAGCCAGACUAUACCAAGUGUGUCUUGCGUCGUGCCACUUCUUACGAAAUCUUGGAAAACUAUACUGAUGCCAUGUACGAUUUAACUGCUUUGACCAUCUACGGUGGUUUCAACAACAAGUCUGUCGAACAAUUGUUAGAAAGAGUGUUGAAGAAGCAUUCCAUUAAGAUUGUCGAAGAAAACUUGAAGAACAGAAUCCCUGAAUUACCAUCUGCUGCCACUAUUUGCUCCUUCUUUGGUGCCUUUGUUGAAGAACUGACCCCAGAAGGAAUUCUGGAAGAUUCUGAAGAACAAGCCGAUAAGUUCUUGUUCGAAGCCUUGAAAAACUUGAACGCUGCUACUCCAGAAGGUUAUGAAGCUGCUGACACUUUGAUCAACCAAGCAGUUACCGCUUAUGAUGUUGAAGAAUUGACUAAGGAAUCCGCUAAUGCUGGUAAGGCCGCUAUCGCCUUGGAAUACUCUGCUGCGAUCAAAUUCUUAAAGAACGACCCAUCCUCUGCUACCAUUGACAUUGAAAGAGCUAUCGCAUUGAAGCCAAGACCAAGAUCCUACGUUUUCAGAGCCUUGAUCAACGUUGACAGAUCCUCAUUCACUGACGCUAAUAACGAUUUUGAAGCUGCCAAGAAGUUGGACGAAAACUUCCCAGAUAUCUACUACCACUUAGGUCAAUUGUACUACCUUACUGGUGACUUGGUACAAGCCGAACAAAAUUUCAACAAGGCUAGAGACUUGAACCCAGAAAAUGUAUACGCCUACGUCCAAUUAGCAUGUAUUAAGUACAAGAGCGGUAGCCCACAAGAAGCUGAAGAUAUGUUCACUGCUGCCAAGUUGAAGUUCCCAACUUCUCCUGUUAUUCCAAACUACUAUGGUGAAAUAUUAGCGGAUAAGAAGGACAUCGAAGCUGCUUGUAAGCAAUUUGAUACUGCCUCCAGAUUACAAAAGGCUGUCUCAUCAUUUUCCGUUGGUGCCUUACCAUUGAUUAACAAAGCUUCAAUUUUAUCCAGAGAAGGAUAUGAACAUUUCGAAGAAGUUGAAAAAUUAUUGACUGAAGCUUGCGAGUUAGAUCCAAAGAGUGAAUUAGCAAGAAUUUCAUUAGCCCAAAUUAAGUUACAAAAUGAAGAAGUUGAUGAAGCUAUUGUAUUGUUUGAAGAAUCAUCCACGUUAGCAAGAACCAUCGAAGAAAAGGUUCAAGCCACUUCAUUUGCAGAAGCAACCAAGAUGCAAAAGAGACUUAAGAAUGACCCUUUCAUGACUGCUAAGAUUCAAGAGGCUAUGGCCCAAAGAGGAAUGUAA